CCCGUUCCCUGGACCCCGCCUUGCGUGCGCCGGGACCGGCUCCCCCGGCUCCAGAGCCGCUCGCCGCCCCUCGGCCGCUUCUCCGCCAGCGCCCGGCGCCGGAGCGGGGCUGGGCUGUUCAAGGCUAUUCGGUAACAGGCUUGGCCAUAAAUGAUUAACUGCGCGACCGGGGAGCCGGGUGUCGCCGAGCGCAGCCGCCCGUGCCCGGCCCGCUGAGCCAGCGGAGCGUUCGCUCCCGAACCGCCGCCCAGGGCUGUGGCACGGCGCUGCCACGCCGCAAGGUAGGCACGGAGCUCGCCGUGCCUCAGCUGCUGCUUCGGCAGAAAUCCACCCAUUUGACGCUCUUUUUUGUCUGUGUUAAGCUAUUUUUGCAGGAGAUACCGUUUAUUGGAGAAUAUAGAAUAGUAGGAACAGAAACUGGAGUCAUUCACAGUGACACUACUCUYCCCUGAAUAGAGAUGGCGGAAAUCAAUUCUCCUGUAAAUAUCAAGGAAAAGAUCAAUGCAAUCCGAUCAAUUGUUCCAAACAAAAGCAAUAAUGAGAUUGUUCUGGUGUUGCAGCAAUUUGAUAACAAUGUAGACAAGGCAGUUCAAGCUUUCAUGGAUGGCAGUGCAACUCAGGUUUUAAAGGAAUGGAAUAUGACAGGGAAAAAGAAGAACAACAGGAGAAAAAGAAGCAAAUCUAAACAGCACCAAGGUAACAAAGAUCCUAAAAACAAGAACGGUGGACCUGACAAGGCAUCYCAAGAGCCUCAGCGAAUAAAUGACUGUCAUAUGAAUGGGUGCCCUAAGGACAGCUCUGGCCGUGGUUCUGCCAGUCAGAAACCUGAAACCACUUCUUUUGAGAGCAAAGGCUCAGGAUUUGUAGGGUCAGCAUCGGACUGUCCAGAAAUCAGAGACAAAGAACGAGAACGCCAGAGAGUAUCUGCAGAAUUGAACCCAAAGACUAUGAAUGGAGUAGAACAGCAUGAGCCCCUUCAGUCAUCAGUUCAACUCCAGUGUAACCUAGGCAGGCCAAAGGCAAAAUCUUCCUCAGUUAAAAUAUCCAAUGCGUCAACCCAGGUUGAAACAAAGACAGAUGAUUCAGUGAAAAAAAGAGGGCCAAACAUUGAAAAAUCAGUCAAAGACUUGCAGCGUUGCACUGUUUCUCUAACCAGAUAUCGUGUGAUGAUCAAAGAGGAAGUGGAUAAUUCAGUGAAGAAGAUCAAAGCUGCUUUUGCAGAAUUACACAGCUGCAUCGUAGACAAAGAAGUGUCAUUAAUGGCAGAAAUUGAUAAAGUUAAAGAAGAAGCCAUGGAAAUCCUGACUGCUCGGCAGAAGAAAGCUGAGGAGCUGAAGAGACUGGCAGACCUAGCCAGUCAGAUGGCUGAAGCACAACUCUCUGAACUCAGGGCUGAAAUUAAGCACUUUGUGAGUGAACGGAAAUACGAUGAAGAGCUGGGCAGGUCUGCYCGAUUUUCCUGUGAUACAGAGCAGCUCAAGACCCAGAUUCAGCUCUGUGGAGAAAUUUCUCACCCAAAGAACAACUAUUCCUCAAGACCACCAUGUAGUUUAGUGCUGUCUUCAGUGACCUCACAUGCAACAACUGGCAAGCAAAACACACACACCCGAAAGGCCUCUAAUAAUGCCAAGAACUCUGAUAAUAAAACAGCCAGCAGUAAAGUACAAAGUCAUCCUCCUUCCAAUCCUACAGAAUCUCCUUCUCAAGGAGUCCCAACAAAUAAGCAGAAUGGGCCUUCCAACCAGAGACGAAGAUUCAACCCACAGCACCAAAACAUGCGGCUCAAUGGAUCUCUCAAGUCACAAGGUGCCAGUAGUGAGGCAGAUCAAAACACAAAGAGUGGCUCCAGAUCUGAGCACAGAAGACAGCAGCACAACAGCUUCCGAUCCAAAAAUAAAGGAGCUGUGAAAAAUCAGGAGCAGUCUACAACUGCAAGGACCACAGAGAACGCGACACAUUCGGAGAAGACGCGACGGAAGCAUCACACCCCGGACACCACAGAGCACAGGCCUUUCCAGGGCAGUGUUGGCAGAGUGUCCCAGUGCAAUUUAUGUCCUGCAAGGAUGGAUGUCUCUGCUGAUGCCACUGUUCUUUCAGUGCCAGCUGUGACUUUGGUGGCUUAGAAUGUCACAGUGAUGGCAGGCAGAGAAAUUUAAUCUCUUCAUUUUAGUUUCUUGCUUGUUGGUGAAGAAAAUAAGUCAGAACAUAGUCUUUUAAAUCUUUUGCUGCUUAAAACUUGUUGAUAUCUUUAUUACUUACUAAUUAUCAAAAUUAAAUCAUACUUUCAAGGCUUUCCCCAAUAUGUUCACAUUUAUAUUGUCAUGACUGUAUGAAAUCUUACCAAAGCAGCAUUUACGUAUUAGAAAAAUGAAAUCUAGAUUGGAAAGAUAAAUUGAUAAUUAAAUUCAYAAUAGCAAAAACCUCUUGUAGAUAUGUGGUUAUACCAGUCAACAUUAUUAUUUCAUAGAACAGCCUGUGUUAGAARGAUUCCAGGAAGUUGGUAUGCUGUGGUCUGCAAUGAAAUCAAAUGAUCUUGUAGAAUUUUUCAGCAAAUCUCUAYACACCUCUUUCUUUCUGUGCAUGUAUACAUGCAUGCACACUGUAUACACAGAAAGUAUUGUUCUGUACAAGAAGAGUUGGAAAAGCARUUCAUUUGAUGAUUUUAGCUUAUUAUUAUUCCAUAAUCUGAGAUCUUUAAAUUCAAGUAUAAAUUGUAUUAAAUGUAUUACAUAUUGGUAUUUUUCAUGGACAAACUAUUUUUAUGAGGCUGAGGAAAUAUGCUCAUUUAAGUUUGGAAUGUAUAUAGUAAUGGCUAUUCAGAUGCACAGCCCUGUUCUCCAUCUUAUCAGCCACUUUUCUAUGACUAGUUGGAUUUAUUUUUUGCAUAUGAAAAGUUGCAGGUCUUCUAGACUUGAAUUCAAAUUAUUUUUCUAUAUUUUUGCUGUAGGAACCAUCUGUCCAUAACAAGAGCUAUGACUAAUAAAUUACUUAGUCUUUAUGUUCUGAGUCUGUAUUUCAGAAAACCUGUUUCUUCCAAAUAAUUAAAAUCUUCUUUSUAAAAUACUCUGGUGUUUGCUGCUUUGGAGUGCCUAACCUUGUGCUCUUACUCAAAUUGUAUUUGCUUCGUUAAACCAUUAUCAGUGGGAAGUUUUCUGCUGAGUUUGGACUGGACUAGGUUUUUGCUUCUAGCUUGAUUCUAAUGCUACAAUGCACAAAAGCACYUUGCCAUGAGAGCCACAUGCAUCCUGAACACAUUUGAAAGUAAGUUUAAAUAGUAAGGUGUCAGAAUCCAGASCUGGCAUCAAGUGACCUAUUGGCCUGAGUGUCAGAAUCAGGAAAGUGUAAAAGGUCAGUAAGAUUGACCUCCCAUCGAGGUCAGUWAGAGCAGGAAGAGACUUGAGUAUCUUCAGAAGUUUACACCUAGGUGAUUAUUUGCUAUUGCUUUUUACCAAUUUCCUCUGCCUAAUUUCUGUUCAUUGACUGCACACUUCCUUAUUACUGACUGGAUUACUGUUCCACUGGGGCACUUGAAAAAUAAUCCCCAAGGGAAGAGCAAGGUGCAUUCCUUAAUUUUUAUUUCUCUUGAUAUAUGUAUACAGUGUCCCACGUGUGAAUACUGGUAAAACCUGAUUUUAAAAGCCAAGUAACUCAUCUUCAUCUGGAGGGGUGGUGAAAGAAGAAUA